AUGAAUAAACCGUAUGGUUCACCCUCGACGCAUAAUAAUUAUCAUAUAUUAGAAUAUUCCCGAGGACCUUGCGUGUGCAUCAAGGCUGGAACGAAGGAAUGCUUUAGAACCUACAAUAGUAUAUUUGUUUUAGUAGGAAAUAUAUUAGGGUCUUCAUUUCCUAAAAAAGUUGGUUCGUAUGAGAAAGUAGCAAAAGUAAAAAUUACUUUUCUUGAAUUAGCAUACUGUUAUGUCAAUUGCAUUGAAAGCAACUUGCUAGAGCGCAGUGGUCAGCUUGUUAAUGGUAGCACAGGUGACGUAAAUGGAAAGUCUUGCGUUGUGGAACAUCGUCAGGUCAGAUUGCGGUUAGGCUUAGCCACGUUCCCCGCCAAGGUAACCGAGUGCCAAAUCGACCUGUCACAUUUCGUUACGCAACGAGCACCAUUAAAUAAGCUCACUUCAUUUACAUCUUCAACCGUUAUGCUGUUGCUACGCGCGACUUGCAUGUUGUUUGUUGUGGCGGCAUCUAUGGGUCGACCGUACGAUCCAGAAGAUGGAGAAAUCAAGAGCGUCCUGCCAUCUAGUGGCGAGUUUGAAGCGUUUUAUCCGCGGCAAGCGCAUGGGAUACCGAACGGUAGUUCAAGACCUGCGCAUGGCCAUGGAAGUUUCUAUAAGCACCGCAAUCCGGCGCUAGUAGACGUGAAAAAUGCGGCCGCGUACGGCUUCCGAUUCGACGGCAUGAGAAGAUUCAACUUUGAUGAUGACGAAGAAUGAUUCGUUUUUAAGGAGAAAAAUAUAUCAUUAUA